AAUCUGUAAUGUAUAGAUUUCAGUGUAAUUAACAACCAUCUUCUCCUCUCUCUCUCUCAUGCUUCACUCUCUUCAAUCACCGUCAAGCAAAUUGAGUAGAUCACACUCUUUCUGAAGCUCCAACCAUGAAAGGAGCUCUCAGCAAUGGCGGAAACCUAAUCAAAUCAUCUCUGUGCGUCAAAAUAUCUGCUCUCCUCUUCAUCUCAAUCGCUUUCUUCUACAUCGGUAAACACUGGUCUGAUGUCGGUUACCAUCAACUCCUCUUCUUCUCUUCAACUUCUUCAUCUUCUCUCUCCUCUCCUUCAGUUUCUCUCUCUCCUAACGCUGAGAAAUCCUUCGACAUUCUCUCUCUCAUCAACUCCACAUCUCCUUCCUCUGAAAUCAACUCAUCGUUUCCGAUUCCUUCCGUCGAUUCGUCGAAACCUCGCGAUUCUUCUCUCUCAUCGCCGCCGCCGCCGCAGGAGGAGGAGCCGGUGAAGAGGUUCGGGAUUGUCGAUGAGAAUGGAACGAUGACGGAUGAUUUUGAGAUCGGAGAGUAUGAUCCUAAUGUGAUAGAGAAUUGGAGGAAUUCUAGUGAUUCGGAGGUUGCGGAAUCGGAAAUUAGGGUUAAAGUUUCGAGGUUUCCGAUUUGUGAUGAUAGUAUGAGAGAGUAUAUUCCUUGCAUGGAUAACGAAGAGGCAAUUAAACAGCUUGAAUCGACGGAGAAAGGGGAGAAGUUUGAGCGACAUUGUCCCGAAAAAGGAAAGGAGUUGAAUUGCUUGGUUCCUGCUCCUAAGAAUUACAAGAUUCCGAUCCCAUGGCCGAAAAGCCGUGAUGAGGUAUGGUACUUUAACGUUCCACAUACACGUCUUGUUGAAGAUAAAGGAGGUCAAAACUGGAUGGUUAAAGACAAGGAUAAGUUUAAGUUUCCUGGAGGUGGGACACAAUUUAUACAUGGUGCAGAUCAGUACUUGGAUCAGAUUUCUCAGAUGAUCCCUGAAAUUGCAUUUGGUCAACAUACCCGUGUUACACUGGAUGUUGGAUGUGGUGUUGCAAGCUUUGGCGCUUACCUGAUGUCACGAAAUGUCACCACAUUAUCAGUUGCCCCAAAAGAUGUCCAUGAGAAUCAAAUUCAGUUUGCGCUAGAAAGGGGAGUGCCUGCAAUGGUGGCAGCCUUUAGUACUCGUCGUCUAUUAUACCCAAGUCAGGCUUUUGAUUUGAUACAUUGCUCAAGAUGCAGAAUCAAUUGGACUCGUGAUGAUGGAAUUCUACUACUUGAGGUCAAUAGGUUGCUGCGUGGAGGAGGCUACUUUGCUUGGGCUGCUCAGCCAGUCUAUAAACAUGAGCCAAUUUUAGAAGAACAAUGGAAAGAGAUGGUUAACCUUACAACUCGUCUUUGCUGGGAGCUGGUGAAAAAGGAAGGGUAUAUUGCAAUAUGGCAAAAGCCUUUAAACAAUAGUUGCUAUCUGAGCCGCGAAGCUGGAACUAGCCCUCCUCUCUGCGACAAAGAUGAUGACCCAGAUAAUGUUUGGUAUGUGAAUCUCAAGCCGUGCAUCACUCGUCUUCCUGAGAAUGGUUAUGGUGGAAACCUAACAAACUGGCCUGAAAGAUUGCAUAGCCCGCCAGAAAGGCUGCAGAGUAUUCAAAUGGACGCCUACAUAUCCAGAAAAGAGCUCUUCAAGGCUGAAUCAAAAUAUUGGAAUGAAAUUAUAGGAAGCUAUGUUCGUGCUUGGCAUUGGAAGAAUUUGAGAUUAAGAAAUGUAUUGGACAUGAGGGCUGGCUAUGGAGGAUUUGCUGCUGCAUUGAUAGACUAUGGUAUAGAUUGUUGGGUUAUGAAUGUGGUUCCUGUCAGUGGGCCAAAUGCACUGCCUGUUAUUUAUGAUCGUGGACUGAUUGGAGUCGUGCAUGACUGGUGUGAACCCUUUGACACAUACCCGAGAACUUAUGAUCUAUUGCAUGCCUCUGGCCUCUUCGCGAUCGAGCGAAAAAGAUGCAAUGUUUCUAGCAUCAUGCUUGAGAUGGACCGGAUACUAAGGCCUGGUGGGCGUGCAUAUAUCCGUGAUACCAUCUCUGUUGUGGGAGAACUGCAAGAAAUUGCAAAAGCAAUGGGAUGGCGAGCAGCUAUUCAUGACACGUCUGAAGGACCUCAUGCUAGCUAUAAGGUAUUGGCUUGUGAUAAACAGCUCUUGCGGAGAUAGCCAGUAGAAUAUGAAGUCUAUGAAAUUUUGUCGAAAUGUGGAAGUCCUGGUAAAUGACUAACCGUAUGCAAGUAUGUGAGACCUAGUGAGGAGAUGGUGUGGGCUGUCGAGGGAUCAUACUGGGUGAGGGCUGACAAAAGGCCAAAGGGAAAGAUAAAACAAACAAAAAGAUUUCAUUGAUACCAUGUAUUAGCUAGUGUAUAGGAAUUAUAUUUAUAUAGGCUGUUCUUUGUAAUAUGGUGAGGAAUGAGAACACUCAGAAGCCCAAAGGGCGACACGCCAGGGGUUUAUUGUGUAACUAUCGAGUUAUUUGCAUAAUCUGUUCCUUAAUUAAAUUCUUCUUAUUGUGUAUUUAAUCUAAAGAGUGAAUACUAUAAAUUUUCUUGUAAACAUAGAUGACAGCUAAUAUUUCAUGCUUGAAUCAUUUCAUGAGCGAGAAGAUGUUUAUGUUUUCAGUAUGUUAUUAGUAGA